CUCAGCAAACAAGUUUUCGACAGUCACAACCAGUUACAAGUAUCCAUUUUCGUUCAUAUUAAUUAGCUAGCUAGUUCUCCAAGGGAAAAAAUGGCUGAAGCCAAAUCUGCUACUGUCACUGAUCAGAUCGACAUCAACUCAAUACAACCAGUGGCGCCGGCUGACCCUCACGUGGUCGGGAUCGGACAAUUUGUAGUGGAAAAAUUUCACCACGGCAAGCUGCUUUUCAUCGCCGUGAUUGGCGGAUUCACUUGGAAUUGUGAAGGAGGCAAGUACUACGCACUUAUCAUUCAAAAUCAGGAUUAUGAGGGCGCCACAUUUAUCCAUAAAGCACUCGUUGUUGAGGCCAAAGGUGAAACGAAACUCCUCUGGCACAGGAAUUAAUCAAGCACUACUAUUGAUCAGCUGAGGAUAAACGACUUUCUUUGGGUACUUAAAUUAUCUAGUGUCUAUGGUGUGGGUUUUCAGUUUAUGCAUGGAUGAUGUACUGCUGCCAUGCAGACAUCUUUCCACUGUUGUACUAGUAUGUUAAAUAAGGUGCACUUAUACCAACAAAAUGCACCAUUCCGUCUAUUUUUUUAAUUUGUAUCCUUGUAAUAACAUGCAAAAGAUGCACUUUUACGAACAAAAAUGUACCAUUAAAUGAAUAAAAACAAUCGUCUGUUUUUGAGUUUUAUCUGUA